AUGUUCGGCGGUUUCGGAGACCAGGACUCUUUUGGAGCAAAUUGGAAUCUAGAUGAAAUACAACAAUUGGAAGACAUCACAGCUGGAGGAUUCCUGGAAGAUGAUGCCAUACCGCAAUUGGAUGAAACAGGCUUGCAAAAGGAAAAGGUAGCACCUACCAGGCAGUCUAUGAUGCCAGUCAAAAUCAGUAUGAUAGUCAACGCAUGGCACAACGAUGCCGGUUACAUCCAAUUUUUCAAUAGGGUACCUGACGUUAUGAAAAUAUUAGGACGUAUCGAAAGCCAUAAAUCAACCGAUGAAAAUACACAAUUCCUUAUUGAUGACGGUACAGGUCGUAUAACAUGUACAUUCGUACACCCGAGUGACAUGACACCGUUCAGACAGAGGGAGUUGGAAAAGGUUAUGCAAACACAUCGGAUGGUUGUAGUUUAUGGCAGCUAUAACCCAAUAUAUAGUGUAAACUGUCCUGCUAUCGUUAUUUUCAAGAUAAGGGAAGUUUAUUCACCAGAUGAGUUCACCCUUCACGAACUAGACGUCAUUAACAUGAUAUUAAGAAAUGAAAAAGAAGGGACACCACUUCAAGUCGGUGAUGUCAUAGAUAUUGCACAGACAUUUGCCGCACAACCUAUCGAAAACCAGUACCACAAUCCCACAGGCACGGCUGCCAGUACCAUUCGUGAUCACCCUGGGGCUGCUCCGUCGGACGGACAAACAAACCUCACGCUUACCAAGUAUAUAGCACAGUUAUUGGCGGAAGAGACACGAAAAGGUAACCUUAAUGGUUUACAUGUGGAUGCUAUUACAAGAGACUGCAAGAUGCAACGAAAUUUCCAAUCAAUAUCGGAACAGCAUGUUCGCAAAGUGUUAACAGAACUUGAGAAGGAUGCGACGGUAUAUCAGACUGUGGAUGCGCAAACAUUUGCAUCAACGGAUGCAUGA